UGUAAAAUAGCACUACCAUGUUCAAACUUAACCAGUGUUCAGAUUUAUUGUGGCAUCUUAUAAUAUAGUUCUUUUUUAUUAAAAUGGUUAAGGAAUAAAAUAUAUUUGCAAAAGGACCUUGUUAUAUCUACUUCCAUAUUGUUUUUUAUUCAGUAUACUAUAUUCUUAAAGUAUUUUUAGAAACGAAAAAUAUGGCUGAUAAUAUGAACAAUAGAAAUGAUAAUGAUAAUAUUAAUACCCAAAUGUUAAUGUUAAACAUGAACAUGAACAGAAUAAAUCUGGAAAAUUGGCGAACCGUUAAAAAAAUCCAUAUUAAAAAAGCUAGUAUUGAAAUAAUAGAAAGGUCUAUUAUAAAAGCAAACUUGAAAAAUGUUGAACUUGAAAGACAGAUAAAAAAUGUUAAAUCUGAAAUAAUUGUAUUAAGGAAUAAUAUUUUAAAUCUGGAUAAUAUUACAAUGAGUCUAUAUAAAACCUUGGCUGAUCUACAAUUAGAUUUUUCACAUAAAAAAAUUGUUUUAAACAACAAAAGAGACAAAUAUGAUGUAAAAUUAUUUCAGAAAAUUAAACACUGGGAAAAAUUACAGGAGAGAUUAAAUUUUCUACCAGCCAUAAAAACAUUAUAUAAUAAUGAAAAAGAGUUUGACUGUUUGAAAAUUUGUUAUGAACAUCUUCUAAAAGAAAAUAAAGAGUUGACUGAAGAAAUAUCAUUAAAGAAAAAAAUGAAUUAUAAAAAACAAAAUGUUAUUAUUUUAAAUUUUGCUACUGAAUUUAAUGAAAUGAAAACUUAUAAUAUAAAAGAAAAAACACUUACUAAUUUAUUAAGGAAUCUGCGUGAAGAGCACGAAGACUUAUUAAUAAAAAAAAGAAUACUGUUUGAAGAUCAAAAGGAUAAAUUAUGUAAAUUACCAAUGUGGACUUUCCAAAUAAAUAAAUCUGAUUUAAAAUUAUUCAAUGAGAAAGUAAAUUUUUUAGAAAUACUGCUAAAUGAAUAUAAAUCAAAUGAAGAAAAUGUGAAUGUUGAUGUAUACAAAACAAUUAAAAAAUGUGAUUCAAAUCAAAAUAUUCAUAAAUUAUUUAAAGAGGACAGUCUUACGCAUUUUAAAACCAACUCGAUCAGUGAUGUUAAAAUACCUAUUGAGGAUAAUCACACAUUAUCUUUAGAAAAUGUGUUGCUGCCCAAUAGUCAUAAAAACAUAGAUAAAAAAAGUAUCAAAACACAAGAAAAGAAUCAUGAGAUAGUUAACAAUUCAAAUUUUGAAUUAAUUGCAAAUUAUGAUAUAUCUAAAAAAAUAAUUAACAGUGAGAACUCAAUUAAUGUUAGCAUUAGAAAAACAUCACAUAAUACAAUUAUUGAUAACAAGGAAACUUGCGCCGAAAAAGAUAAUUUUGAAAUAAAUCGGGAUGCUCUUGACAAUCCUAAAAAAUCUUGUUUGCAAGAUUGUAGUAAACCUGAAAGCAAUUUUUCGUUAUUGAAAUCCCCCGAACGCUUUGAAAAAACACCAGAACCUCAAUUUGAAAUUUGUUUCAAUAAUUCUUAUCAAGUUGAUAACUUGAAUGAUGCUUUUCAAUUCAAUUGCCAAUUUUCUCAAAAUCAAGUUAAAAAAAUCACAGAUGAAUUUUGGAAAGAUUUAGAAGACGGCGAUGCUGAACCAUACAAUUAUAGUGAAAUUAGUAGUUUUUGUAGUUCAGAGUAAUCACGUAAUUCAUUAAUUUAAUAUGUUUGAUUCAAGAUAUAAACACAAUGCGGAAGAUGAUUAAGACAUUAAAUUAAAAAAGUCUGAAACAAGUGUUAUUUUGUUAAAGUCAAACAGAUCUUGGACGCUAAACAUCGCAACUCGUUGAGUUUGAAUAUGUUAAAAUUGAAUUCCUCUUAAGCAAACUAAAGAAAUUCUAUUGAAUUAAUCAUCAUGUAUCAUUUGGAAGUGUCUUAAGUUAAGAUAUUGCCUUGUUAAAGACAAAGAAUGUUCAUAUUGCCCGUGAAUCCCAAACAUUAAAAACUUGUUCAGCGAAAAUCUGAGUUUGAAUUGUUUUCAAAAAACUGGUUUGAUGUCUUACGCAACACUUAAAAGUUGUAUAAUACUAUAAACAAAAGGCAUUUUUUUAAGAGUGCUUAAUACAUUAAGGUAUGUUAUUUUGCUUCAAUAUCAAACGUAAUAUAAUAUAACACACCAAUAAAUGCAUUAGCUGGAGGGCAUGCUUCCAAAUCAGUAAUACCAUCUCCAAUCAUAACGAGUUUAGUGUAACCAUAUUUUUCUUUCAACAAUGUUAUCACUUCAGCCUUGCCACCAUUUUUUGAAGUAGGUUCUUUUUCAUCAAAUCCAGCAUAAU